GUCGCCUGCCGUUGAAUUUCUUGAAGUUAGUAUAAAUUUAGUGUAGGCAUAGUCUGUGGGUAUAAAGUUGGACGUAGGUUGAGGGGAUAUUCAACUCGUUUUUGUCGGUGGGAUGUGAUAGCGUUGAUUAAAACUUAUAUCCCUUUUUUAUCUACUCAGUUGAAUUGUAACACACAUAAUUAUUAUAUUGUUACUUAUAUGUAUGCAUUGCUUUAUUUUAUAGCAUAGUUAAUUUAGCAGCUACUCCAUCUGACUCGUUUACUAUGGUUAUGUGUUGAAAGUAAAUAGGCUUCACAGUGAUAAGUUUGUUUUUCUCCAUGAAUUAGUUUAAAAAGUCAAUUAAAAUGUCAGCUAAAACUAUAUGUGUAACACAAGAUGGUCCUGCAAAUGCUCUGGCUCUGAAUAAAGAUUUUACCCAAGUUGUAGUAGCAGGAAGAAAUGUGUUUAAAGUAUUCUCCAUUGAGGAAGAGGAAUUUGUCGAGAACAUCAAUCUCCGUGUGGGAAAAAAUUUAAAUCUCAAUUUUUCGUGUAAUGACGUGGCUUGGAGUUUACAUGAAGACCAUGUGCUGGCGACGGCGGCGACUAACGGUGCCGUUGUUUUAUGGAGCCUCAACCGUCCCUCGCGUUCAAAGCAGGACCACGUGUUCCUGGACCACAAACGUACGGUCAACAAAGUGAGUUUCCAUCCGGCCGAGCCGCACUGGCUCAUCUCCGGCUCUCAGGACGGCACCAUGAAGAUUUUUGACUUGCGGGUCAAGGAGGCCACCCGUACGUUUCUUAGCAAUACGGAGAGUGUACGUGACGUUCAGUUCAGUCCGCACUCGCAUCACAUGUUUGCGUCAGUGGCUGAGAACGGAACAGUGCAGCAGUGGGACCUGCGACGCGCGGAUAAAUGCUACCAACAGUUCACCGCACAUAGCGGGCCUGUGUUCGCGUGUGACUGGCAUCCGGAAAACCCCUGGCUGGCCACAGCGUCGCGUGACAAAACUAUCAAGGUGUGGGAUUUGACCAACAAGCCGACACUAGAGUACACGAUCAACACAAUAGCGUCCGUGGGGCGCGUGAGGUGGCGGCCACAGCGCAAGUUCCACCUGGCCUCGGUGGCGCUGGUGGUAGACUGCAGCGUCAACAUCUGGGACGUCCGUAGACCGUACAUCCCGUUUGCCUCCUUCAACGAGCACAAGGACAUUGCCACUGGGAUAGCCUGGCGUGGCGACCCACACCUUCUGCUCACCACAAGCAGGGACUGCACGUUGUACCAGCACGCGUUCAAAGAUGCGGUGCGCCCCGCAGACAAGGCGAACCCUGCUGGUAUCUCAUUCAACAGCAACGGGGACAUCGCCUUUGCUUGCAAAUCUCAGCCAGUCAACAACAAAACGGGGAAAAUGUCGUCCAUCUUGAGACGAGCCCCGACAACCAGUGAGGAGUUUGUACAGGCGGGUAGUUGGCUGCACUGGUACAACAAGCAGCAAAACAAUGAGGGCAGGUGGCUGCUGGGCUGUGCGCAGGGCUACCAACUAAGUGGCAAACCACUGGCAGAACUGUGUGACCACAAUGCCAACGUGGCCAGACAGUUGGGACGCUUCAGCGUGAGUCUAGUAUGGAGUAUGAUCAAGACGCUGUACGCGCCUAAAACUAUCGCGGACUAUGGUCACCAUACUCCUCUGCGUGAAGAACAGACAGUGCGGGACAGCGGGGGAGGGAAAGAAGAUCCUGCUCCCGAGCCCGCUGCGCCGCCUGCCAACGCAGACGAGACCGCGGAGCCAGAGGUGGGGGCGAGCAAGGGGAAGAAAGCCGGGCGCAAGUUGCGUCUGGAAGAUCUGAAACCGGGCUCGCAUUCUCUGGGUGACUUUUUCUUUGGUGACGGUGAAAUGGACCCUCUCAGCCUGGACUUUGAGAGGGGCAACUCUGUCGGACUCACGGUGGGCACAUUCUCGGCGGACUGGACGUUACCUGUUGAGGCCUUCCCCCUGCGCCACGAGAUCCGUGACCACUCUCCUCCUCCUGAGCAGUAUCCUCAUAGUGAUUCUCCUGAGCCUGUCGAAGGAAGUCUGUGGAAAAACUGCUUGAUUAGCCGCUCUUCACCAACAGACACCCAGAUGCUACCUGCCGAGGAGCCCUGCACUACACUGCUGACAGUCAACUGUGUGAUGCGGCCGACUGCGUGGGAGGCCAGCACCGCAGUGGGAGACGCGUUGAGACACCAUGCGGCACGCGGUGAUGUCCAAACCUCUGCGUCGGUACUGAUUGUGCUGGGCGAGAAACGUAAGGCGUUGGAAAACUCGGUGGAUGAGAGCACUCAGGAGCACUGGCUGCUGGCCUACAUAGAGUUACUAUCCCGGUACAAGCUGUGGAAUGUGUGUACGCAGAUCAUUCAGCUGUCAUGGAUGCCGUCAGUGAUGCAACUCAACCAGCAGUCUACGACAGUGUACUCGGCCUGUGCUCAGUGCCGCAAACCUCUGAUACGCUCGGGUUGGCUGUGCGACCGCUGCCACUCCACCAGCUGCUCCGUCUGCAGCGUUUGCAACAAGGUUGUGCGUGGGCUGUACUCGUGGUGUCAAGGGUGCGAACACGGCGGGCACCUGGGUCACCUCCAGGACUGGUUCGCAGAGAACCGGUUGUGCCCUACCGGUUGCGGGCACGCGUGUGAAUUCACCUAAACUCCAAGCUCUACGCAUCACACGAUUAAUACGUAAACAUUGAUUCCUUUCUCAACAAAGACCAAAGACUGAGGUUCCAUUUCGGUUUAUUGUUCACAAGAUCAGUAGAUCAAACCGGUGCCAGUUUGUUUCUCUUCUCAACAUUUCAGUAAUAUUUACUACGCUUUUGGAACACCGCUGGUGGUUCUACCGGUCUUGUGAGCUAUGCACUCUGCAGUGUUAUUAUUUUAAGUAUUUAUUGUUGUAUGUAAAGAGAUAACCGUAACGGUGAGAAGCGAGUUGUUACUUAAACUGUUAACAUGUUGUACAAUGUAGUGUUGUUGUCCGUAAAUUUACUGUGUAUAGUAAUAUCCAUAUUUUUUAAGUAAUGUAGAGAUAAAUAGUUUUUUGUACUUUCAAACAAACGGUUUUGUACAGAAAAAUAUUUUAAGAGAUGUUGAAGAGUUGUUGCAAUGAUUGUCUAUCUUCUAAACGGUUAAUGAAAUAAAGGUGAUAAUUAUUUUAUUCAA